AUGAAAGAUCAAACUGAAAAAGUAUUGGAGGAAAUAGAGAAAUCCGGAUCUAACAACCUGCCCGUGAAUUUUCUCAAACUUUCCGUCACGCAAAAACUUUGGGAUAUCGUCUUUGCAAUGGACAGUCGAAAGAAAACCGCAACAAGGCAGAAAUACAUCACACAGCAUCUUACUGUAAUUAACGAAUACAGAAGUUUAGAUGAACUUUUAUCUGGAUGGAAAGCUGUUUUAGCUAGCUACAGCUUUCACACCGAAGGGAGGCUGCUAUCGCAAAAGAUUAUUUCAGCGGUAUAUGAAAAGAUAUGUGAAUUCCGCUCUAUUUCUGCCCUGCCUUGA